UUUGUUCUGCAGGGACCAACUUGAGCUCAAAGGCUGCAGUCUUCAAGUCCAUGCUGCCUCACAAGUCUGUCUGAAAUCACUUUCUGGAGGAACCGUGUACAAACGCGGUCUGUAAAGUUAUUGUCUGAUAAGAAAUCAAGCGACUCAUCGAAGCUUUCGGACGCAGAAGCAGCGUCGAGUCUUCUGAGGAGAGAAAUUCAUAUUCGCUGAAGCUCUUCCCACAAACCCUGCAGAAUGAAACACACUGAAGAACAAACAGAGUUGAUUAAAGAAAAUGAGAAUGAAGAAUUGAGUGAGGUUGAGGAUAAAAAUCAUGUCAAAACUAGAGAAAAACCUUUGAGUUGCUCUCAAACCAAACAGAAGGAUUUGAAGAAAAGAAGAUCCAAGAAAUAUUUCACCUGUACUCUGUGUGGAAAGAGUUUGACAAGCAAAAACAGUCUUGAUGAUCACAUGAGAGUACAUACUGGAGAGAACCCGUACACAUGUGAUCAAUGUGGCAAAACAUUUCUAAGGGCUUCAGUCCUGAAGAAACACCUGAAAGUUCAUACAGAGGAGAAGCCACAUUCUUGUAAUUUGUGUGGAAAGAGUUUUUCACAGCCAAUACAUUUAAAAGCGCAUCAGAAAAUACACACUGCUGUGAGAGAUUACAUGUGUUUUGAGUGUGAGAAGACUUUUACUUCAGCAAACGAUUUAAAACGGCAUGAGAGGAUUCACACUGGAGAGAAACCGUUCAAGUGUUCACACUGUGGCAAGAGAUUCAAUGAUUCAGCAAGUCGGAAAAGACAUGAGAGGAUUCACACUGGGGAGAAAUCCUACAAGUGUUCACACUGUGACAAGAGAUUCAGUUGGUCAGGACCUCUGAAAAGACAUGAGAGGAUCCACACUGGAGAGAAACCGUUCAAGUGUUCACACUGUGGCAAGAGAUUCAAUGAUUCAACAAGUCGGAAAAGACACGAGAGGAUUCACACUGGGGAGAAAUCCUACAAGUGUUCACACUGUGGCAAGAGAUUCAAUGAUUCAACAAGUCGGAAAAGACAUGAGAGGAUCCACACUGGAGAGAAACCACACAUAUGUGACCAGUGCGGGAAGAGUUUUGCCACAAAAGGACAACUUACAGGGCAUAUAAGAGUUCAUACUGGAGAGAAACCAUUCACUUGUAAUCAGUGUGGGAAGAGUUUCAUACUAUUAUCACAUCUUAAAGAACACAUGAACAUCCACACGAGAGAGAAGCUGUACACAUGUGAUCAAUGCGACAAAACAUUUUUGAGGGCUUCAGACCUGAAGACACACCUGAGAGUUCAUUCAAAGGAGAAACCACAUUCAUGUAAUUUGUGUGGAAAUAGUUAUUCAUGUUUACAAAGUUUGGUUAUGGUGUUUGGGUGUUGGUGUUAA